AUGACGGAUAAAAUUGCUAAUCUAGCUUUAAUGGCUGGUGGAAAUGAAUUAGUUGAAGCAGCACAAUACUAUGAAAAUAUACCUGGACAAACUGAUAAAGCUGUCAUGUUAUAUCAUAAGGCAGGUAUGAUUAGUCGGGCACUUGAUCUGGCAUUUCGUACUGAUCAAUUUAGUGCAUUAGAUUUGAUCACUAAUGAGCUAGAUGAAAAUUCGGAUCCACGAAUACUUGAACGAGCUGCGGAAUUUUUCAAAAAUAAUCAGCAAUAUAACAAAGCAGUUCAACUUUUAGCAUAUUCUAAAAAGGUACAUAUAUAUAUAUAA